AUGGCUCGUGUUUACAUGGAAACACUAAUACAGAGAUGCGUCACCUUCUCCCAAAUCAAACAGCUCCAAUCUCAUUUUCUCACCGCCGGCCAUUUUCAGUCUUCUUUUCUCCGUUCUCGUCUUCUCGAUCGUUGCUCUGUUUCUUCCUUCGGAGACCUUUCCCACGCCGUUCAGAUUUUCCGGCACAUUCCUAAACCUUUAACCAAUGAUUGGAACGCAAUCAUCCGCGGAUUCGCCGCCAGUUCUCAGCCUUCGCUCGCGUUUUCAUGGUUUUGUUCCAUGUUGCGUCAAGCUUCGUCAUCGUCUAUGUGUAGAGUCGACGCUCUCACUUGCUCUUUCACUCUUAAAGCAUGUGCGCGUGCGCUCUGUUCCUCCGCUACGGCGCAGCUUCACGGACAGAUUAACCGUCGUGGAUUGUUUGCCGACGCACUUCUUUGCACCACGUUGCUCGAUGCUUACUCUAAAAACGGAGAUUUAAGCACCGCGCAGAAGCUGUUCGACGAAAUGCCUGUGAGAGAUGUAGCGUCGUGGAACGCGUUGAUUGCUGGAUUAGUGGCUGGGAAUCGAGCUAACGAAGCGUUGGAACUGUAUAAACGAAUGGAAACGGAAGGAAUCAGUAGAAACGAAAUCACUGUUGUUGCUGCUUUGGGAGCUUGUUCUCACCUUGGUGCUAUUAAGGAGGGUGAAAAGAUCUAUGAUUACAUUAAAGACGCAAACUUGGAUCAAAAUGUGAUUGUUGUCAACGCCACGAUCGAUAUGUACACGAAAUGCGGGUUUGUAGAUAAAGCAUUCCAAGUUUUCGAUCAAAUGACAAGCAAGAAAAGCGUUGUUACAUGGAACACUAUGAUCAUGGGGUUUGCAGUGCACGGAGAAGCGCAGAGAGCGCUAGAGAUCUUCGAGAAACUGAACCACAAUGGAAUCACGCCUGACGAUGUCUCGUACCUAGCUGCUCUGACCGCGUGCAGACACGCAGGAUUAGUGGAGUACGGUACAUCCAUAUUCAACAACAUGGCUUCUAACGGAGUCGAGCCUAACAUGAAACACUACGGUUGUGUAGUCGAUUUGUUAAGCCGUGCAGGAAGGCUGAGAGAGGCUCACGAUAUUAUAUGCUCAAUGCCGAUGCUUCCAGAUCCUGUUUUAUGGCAAAGCCUUCUUGGAGCUUCAGAGAUUCAUAAGAACGUUGAAAUGGCUGAGAUAGCUUCUAGGAAAUUGAUUGAAAUGGGUGUUAACAAUGAUGGUGAUUUUGUGUUGCUAUCGAACAUUUAUGCAGCGCAGGGACGGUGGAAGGACGUAGGACGAGUGAGGGAUGACAUGGAAACCAAACAAGUGAAGAAAGUUCCCGGUCUUAGCUACAUUGAAGCCCAAGGAACAAUUCAUAAAUUCUACAACAGCGACAAGAGCCAUCAACAGUGGAGAGAAAUUUAUGAAAAGAUCGACGAAAUCAGGUUCAAGAUAAGGGAGGAUGGUUACGUGGCGCAGACGGGACUCGUUUUGCACGACAUUGGAGAAGAAGAGAAAGAGAACGCUCUGUGUUAUCACAGCGAGAAGUUGGCGGUGGCGUACGGACUGAUGAUGAUCGAUGGAGCGGAAGAGGAGAGUCCGGUGAGGGUGAUAAAGAACCUGCGGAUAUGUGGGGACUGUCACGUUGUCUUCAAACAUACCUCAAAGAUUUAUAAGAGAGAGAUCAUUGUUAGAGAUCGAGUUCGAUUUCAUAGGUUCAAAGAUGGUUCUUGUUCUUGCAGAGAUUAUUGGUGA